AUGGGUGACGGUGACCCUCCUCUCCGUCUCCUCAGCCUUCCUAAUAAACCUCUUCAGAUUAUCAUUCAAUGUAUGAACCAUAUCGAUCAAUUCGCAUUAUCUCUGGUAUCCAAGCGAAGCAAGGAGCUCGUGAAAUCGAUAGAUCUAGAAUGCUCUUCAAUCAAUAUAAAAGUGGACUCAGGAAUUCUGAUACAAAUAUUGAUUGCUUCUGAAAUUUUACUCGAAUGUUCUUUUGAUGAUUAUCAGCGUUCAAUGGAUAAUCCAUCUCCAACCAACAUCAAAUCGAAAGUAUCACUUGAGAAUAGAGGAGGUUUCGUGAAUAGUAAACCAGAAUAUCGAUUCGAGUAG